AUGACCAACCUCGUGAUCCUCGACUUCGACGGCACAAUCUUCGACACUCGCGAAGCAAUCCAACACGCCGCAGCCCUAACCUUCACCACUCUCCUCCCCGACCACGAAAUCCCCUAUGCCAAAGCCCGCCGGCUGAUGGCCACCGGCGCCGGGCUGUCAGAGACCUUCCGCGCGCUCCACCCCGAUCCAUCAACAUUCAACGAGGAGGAAUGGGUCGCGACCUACCGCUCCCUCUACGCGGCGCACGAGGAGAAAUUCACGAAACCGUUCCCGGGUCUGGGUGAGCUACUGGAGGGGCUUCAUUCAAGACGGAUUGCCAUUGCGAUCGUGAGCAACAAGGCGGUUCCACCGAUUAAGACGGCGUUGGAGCGGACGGGACUAGCGGAGUUCGUUCCUGAGGUGCUGAUAAUCGGGGAUGGGACGCCGGGGGCGAAGAGGAAGCCAGACACGGCGAGUUUCGUGGAGGUGCUGGUGCCGCGGUUGAAGGGAGUAUACGGGGAAGGGUUUGAGGUAGACCCUAGCAGGGUGCUGAUGGUUGGGGAUACGAUUACGGAUCUGAAGUAUGCGCGCAAUAUCGGGGCGAGGGGAUGUUGGUGUCGAUUUGGGCAGGGCGAUAAGGAGGAAUGUGAAUCGUUCGGGCCGGAUUAUGCGGUGGAUUCGUUGGCGGAUGUUCUUGAGAUUGCGGUCAAGGAGUAG